AUGGGCACCGGGAACUGGAGCCAGGUAACAGAGUUCAUCAUCUUGGGCUUCCCUCAACUCCAGGGUGUCCAGACUUAUCUCUUCCUCUUGUUACUUCUCAUUUACCUUACUACUAUCCUGGGAAAUCUGCUGAUAUUUCUCGUGGUCCGUCUGGAUACCCGGCUCCACACACCCAUGUACCACUUUGUCAGCAUUCUUUCUUUCUUGGAACUUGGCUACACGGCUGCUACCAUCCCCAAGAUGCUGGCUAACUUGCUCAGUGAGAAGAAAACCAUUUCGUUCUCUGGCUGUCUCCUGCAGAUCUAUUUCUUCCACUCUCUUGGAGCUACUGAAUGCUAUCUUCUGACAGCCAUGGCUUAUGACAGGUACUUAGCCAUCUGCCGGCCCCUGCACUACCCCGUUCUCAUGAACCCAACACGCUGCGCCAAGAUUGCUGUUGGCUGUUGGUUGGGAGGCUUGGCAGGGCCAGUGGCUGAAAUUUCCUUAGUCUCUCGCCUCCCUUUCUGUGGCCCCAAUCACAUUCAGCACAUCUUUUGUGAUUUUCCUCCUGUGCUGAGUUUGGCUUGCACUGACACAUCUAUUAAUGUCCUGGUGGAUUUUAUUAUAAAUUCCUGCAAGAUCCUCGCCACUUUUUUGUUGAUUCUCAGCUCCUAUCUGCAGAUCAUUCGCACAGUGCUCAGGAUUCCCUCAGCUGCAGGCAAAAAGAAGGCCUUCUCCACAUGUGCCUCCCAUCUCACUGUGGUUCUCAUCUUUUAUGGGAGCAUCCUCUUCAUGUACGUGCGGCUGAAGAAGAGCUACUCACUGGACUAUGACCGGGCCCUGGCAGUGGUCUACUCAGUGCUUACACCCUUUCUUAACCCCUUCAUCUAUAGUUUGCGCAACAAGGAGAUUAAAGAGGCCAUGAGGAGGCAGUUAAAGAGAACAGGGACACUGGGGUGA